CUGCAAUCGAAAAGUAAUCCAUCUCCUUCACCUCGUAUCGAUCUAGGGUUCCUUCUGCAAUCGACGAUAAUGGAUGUUGAGAAUCGGAAGACGACGAUCGGUGCCAAGAAGCGGAAGAGAGGAGUCGAGAGUCUAACCCCAGAGGAGAAAGAUGCUCAGAUCUCAUCGUUGAAUCAGGAGAUGCAAAGUCUCUUCGACUAUUUCAGAGAGACGAUUUGUCAGAGUCAGACGCCAGAUCUGUUUUCAGGUUCGAUCGAUUCUUCUUCCUCAUCCUCUGUGAAUUCGUUGGUGGCUUUGUUGAUGGAAGAGACGAGAUUACCCUUGUCGAAGCUCGUCGACGAGAUUUUCUCGAAAUUGAGAGAGAAGAUUGAGAGUGUGACGAUGGCUUCCGUGAAGACAGCUGUCGUCUCUGUGGGGCAGAGAGUUAGUUACGGUGUGACUAGUGCGGAUGCUGAUGUAUUGGAAGAUGAUUCUGAAUCUUGUCUCUGGUGCUGGGAGACGAGAGACUUGAAGAUGAUGCCUAAAUCUGUUCGUGGAGUGUUAAAAGUGAGAAGGACUUGUCGGAAGAAGAUCCAUGAGAGGAUUACAGCUGUUUCUGCGAUGUUAGCUGUGUUACAAAGAGGUGAAACUGAAAAGUCGUUUGGGUCUGAUUUAAACAAAGCUGCAGAGAAGCUUGGGAAAGUACUGAGUGAGGUGGAUAUUAGAUCUUUUAUGGAUAACAUGUUGCAGAAGAAUAGUACAGAGAUGGCUGAGAAAGAUGCGAAGCGGGAAGGGAAACUUCUUAUUAAGCAAUUGGAGAAAAGUAAAUGUGAAGCUGAGAAGGAAAAGAAGAGAAAGGAACGUCAACUUCAUAAAGAAAAGUUGCAACAUGAAAAGGAGCAGAAGUUGCUACAGAUUAAGAAACAGCAAGAUGAGUCAGAGAAAGAGAAGGAAGAGGCUGAGUCAAGAAAACGGAUUAAGAAACAGCAAGAUGAGUCAGAAAAGGAGCAGAAGCGGAGAGAGAAGGAACAAGCUGAGUUAAAGAAGCAGCUUCAAGUACAGAAACAGGCUUCAAUCAUGGAGAGGUUUCUUAAAAAAAGCAAAGACACUUCAUCCUCCCAACCCAAAGUUCCCUCCGGUGAAGUAACUGCCCAGGUCUCGUCAUGUGCAAAACCUGAGGAUGAAAGUAGAACAGUUAUUCAGGCCAUUGACAAUGCCUUUGCAACAACUUGCGAAGCUACAGUUGAUGAUAUUCGCAGGGCACAUUUUGCUUCCUGGCGUCAGCUGAGUCAUCCGAGAAAACAUUGGGGGAUGCGUAGGAAGCCAAAGAGUGAACUGUUUCCAAAACUAAAACUAUCUACAAAUAAUGGAGACGGUGAACUUAACAUGGAGAAGCAAGGAGAUGAAUGUGAAGAGAAACAUUUAAGUGAUGUAUCUUGCAUUAGGCAGAGUGAGAAAUCUUCGUCAUCUGGUCCUAAGAAGUCUAGGAGAGCAAUGAAGUUGUUACAAUUUGAUAAAAGCUUCAGACCAGGCUUUUAUGGUAUUUGGCCAACCCAAAGUCAAGUUGUAGGGCCACGCUGUCCUCUGAAAAAGGAUCCGGAAUUGGAUUAUGAAGUUGAUAGUGAUGAAGAAUGGGAAGAGGAACAAGCCGGUGAAAGCCUUUCAGAUUGUGAGAACGAUGAAGAGGAAUCUUUGGAAGAAGGAUGCUCAAAGGCUGACGAGGAAGAUGAUAGUGAAGAUGACUUUAUGGUACCUGAUGGGUAUCUCUCAGAAGAUGAGGGGGUCCAAGUGGACAGAAUGGACAUUGAUCCGUCUGAACAGGAUGCAAGUUCAUCUCCAUCGCAAAAGGAUCAAGAGAGUCAAGAGUUUCGCGCACUACUACAUCAACAAAAACAAGUGCAAAGUUUGACUGAUCAUGCUCUUGCGAAAACGCAGCCACUGAUUAUAUGCAACCUAACGCAUGAGAAGGUCUCUCUUUUAGCUGCUAAAGAUCUUGAAGGGACACAGAAAAUGGAACAGAUAUGUCUGCGAGCUCUUGUGGUGCGAGCAUUCCCUUACUCUACUUCACUCAUUGAGAUAUCGAUCGACAUACAAGAUGAGGAUCAAGAAACAGGCAAGUCAUCUUGUAGUCAGAGCACUCCUCCAUCAGCUUCAAAAGCAAAAUCCAUACCAGACUCAGAUUUACCAACAGUUGUAUCAACAAUACAAUCAUGCACUCAAGGAAUCAGUAAAGUGGUUGAGACAUUGCAGCAGAAGUUCCCAGAUGUUCCAAAGACCAAACUAAGACAGAAAGUGCGUGAGAUAUCAGAUUUCGAGGAUAACCGUUGGCAGGUAAAAAAGGAAGUGUUGUCGAAGCUUGGGUUAUCACCAUCACCAGAUAAAAGCGCUAAGAGGCCGAAAAUGAUAUCGACAUUCUUCUCAAAACGCUGUUUGCCUCCGUCCACGAAGCCACCACCCGCUGUUGAAGAAACAGAGAGAUUGGGAAAUGAGAAUGAUGCUUGAAGUCUCGUUGCCGUUUCCAUCUUUUUUUUUGUUACAUCCCUCAAAAACUGUUUUAGGCAUCUUGUGGAUACAAGAUUGUAUGAUGCAUAAUAUCGGGAAAAAGUGUUUUAGAUGAGGGGAAUGAUAAGUCAGUUAAGUAACCUGAGAUAUGUUUAGUUCAGGUUAAAAGUCUAUGCACAGCCUUCAAAAGCUACAAAAUUUUAUGUAUGCCAUUUACAAUAAUCCUUUGUGCUUUAAUCACAAUGUUUU